AUGGCCUUCAUGCACCCACCGUCCAACUCGCAUAUGAUGGCCCCAGGCUGGCUGCCUGAGGCAGCUCCUCCGUCAGUCACUCCACUUCUCGGCCUGUUGUUCUAUAAUCUGACAAGCAUUCACGUUUUGGGCAGUGUGGGAUAUCUCAGCCGCAAAGCCUUGCCUAUCAAAAGGAACGAUGCCGAACCCCUGACGCGCGAGGACGUGCAAUACGAUCUCCUCCACUAUCUGUUCAGCGACGUCAACGCAGUGUUCACCAACGCAACGCCGGGGAAACGCGAUAAAGUCACGUUUGGCGACCUAUAUGUAUCCGCUUUAUAUAGCUCCAGUAAAUGCUCCAAAGUAUUGAAGGAAAAAAUGGUUGAAACGCCUGCGUUCAGUCUCGAGUUCGCGAAGAUAGCGCUGCUAACGAACGUUGGCCGUAUCAACACCACUAUGGCUUUCUUUCCGGAAAUGAAGACGGCUCUAAGGACAUAUCACCCGGUGCCUUCGUUGCAGAAGACCGAUGGAAAUGCCCAGGACGCGCCGCGGAUUAAGAACUGCCUAAAGGCUGCUCUACUUCCGUCGGAGCUCAAAGCCGCACCUCCCUCCACACCCGAUGAGGUCCUCGGAAAACUUAAAGCGGGCGUACGACCUCCUACCAGCGUUGUGAAUCUUAUUUUUGUCCUCGCCAACCAUGCAGCGCCACUAGCCAGCAUCCACUUCGAUGGAUCUCUGAAUUUCCUGGAUUUGUUCCUACCGAAUAAAUACCUUGCUUCUAACGAUCGAGCAAGAGCAUUCCUAUGGCUUUUAUACCACUAUCUGGAAGCCAAUACAGGGCCCAACCCGUUCGAUGACCAUUAUUCAAGAAAGUACCCAGGAAAGAUCCCUUCUCUGCGCCGACUCAGCCAAUCGGAAUCCAGAAAGGAGAACGUAGACACACCAGAGGAGAUCGAAUGGGGAAGCAGGAUGUCAAACCAGCGGAAUAUAUUCCUGCAGAAGCUUGUCUCGUCCAUGGAGGGUGACAGGAAAGCCAAAGCCAGUGCACCCCACUUUGUCACAGGUUCUUCUCUCCAUCUUCCUGGGCUCCAUAGACUGAAGUUCAUAAGACACUCUCCCAGAAACAGGUAA